AUGGGUCCAGACAGAGCUGGGAAAAGUGUUUUCCUCGGGAAUAUUCCCUACAACCUCACUGAGGAACAGGUCAAAGACAUCCUUAGCACCGCCGGCACGGUGACGAAGUUCCGCUUGAUGAUGAACCCCGAAACAGGAAAGCCGAAAGGAUACGGAUUCGCGGAUUUCGCUGAUGCAGAUGCUGCCGCGUCUGCAGUCCGCAACUUGAACGACUACGAGAUUAUGGGCCGCAAAAUUCGCGUGGAUUGGCCUCACAACAACGAGAAAGACUCUAUACCCGAAGAUUACUCACAACCUCCACAAAUGCCCGGCCAGGAUGCGCAAUUAGGUGGCCCGCAACUAUCUGCACCUCUUCCUCCGCUCCCACCAGGCGUCGAGUUACCCCCGCACCUGGACUGCCCUAAUGCCAUUUCGCAAACGCUUGCCGCUCUUCCGCCAAACCAACUCCUCGACGUCCUCCAGCAGAUGAAGUCAUUGGCCAUGUCAGAUCCUGCACGUGCCACAGAGCUCCUGCGCCAGGCCCCUCAGCUUGCAUAUGCCAUCUUUCAAGCGCUGCUGCUCUUGAACCUUGUUGACUACAACACCCUUGGAGCCGUGGUGGAGCAGGCUGCCCAGCCCACGGCGCCGCCUCCAACUGCCCCUCCUGCUGCACAGGGAUUCCAGCCGUUUCCCGCCGUUCCGGGUCAAGUAGCGACGCCGCCAAUGGUCAAUACACCCUUUGCUCAGCCGCCGCAGCCGCCCCAGCAGAUGCCUGGGCAAGACGAACUGCUGCAGCAAGUCCUUAGUAUGCCCCAGGCGGCCAUUGACGCUCUUCCUCCCAUGGAACGGAGCCAAAUCAUGCUCUUGCGGCAGCAGCUAAUGCAAGGUGGAAUGCGGUGA